ACAUCUCACACCCUUUUCAUGUUUACUUGGAAGCCCUGUUAUUGUGCAUUCAAAUCAUCAUCAAAUUUUUCAAUCCGUCACUGAAAAUAAUAAAAAUUGUACAAAUCUGUGAUUAUAAUACAUGAUUUUUUAACAGAAACUGCAAACAUGGCCAACUUAGAAAAUACUUUGCAAAUAGAAACAAAACUCGAAAAGGAAAAAACUAACCAAGCCUUACUGAAGGACCGCGUUGAAAAGUACUCCGAGUUGACUAAGUCCAUGUCGAAAAUCCUCAAUUCAUUCGAACAACGAUUGGGAAAGCUGGAACAGACGAUUCUUCCGGUUUACAACGUUACCAAAAAUCUGCAAAAACAGCAACAAAAUUUGGAUUCAACGCUAUCCUAUCUGGAACAGGUACUGUCUCACUACGAUGCCUCACAGGAUGUGUGUAAUUUGAUUCAUCAAGGCCCAUCGGAAGGAAACAUUACAGCAUUUCUCGAUGGCCUGAACAAGUUGAAGAAGGCAAAGGAUUAUUUUCUGAACAAUAAUCCGCAAAGUGUCGAACUGGAAAACGUAACAAGUUUGUUUAACAACGGAUGCGAAACACUGAACAAUCAUCUGAAAUCACUGCUGAAGAAGCACAGCACUCCGAUGCGGCCGGUCGAUUUGCUGGAUUUAAUAUACAUCGAAGAAGAUUCUUCCAACGAGGACUGCCCUUCGAUCAAACAGCUUCCGACCACUACCCGUGAGGAGCUGAACGUCAUCGCACAAUGGUUGGACAAUAAUUUGCGACGAGAAUAUGUUCAAAUUUACGGCGAUGAACGAUCGGAGGUUAUUAUGAGAUCGUUGCAAAAUUUAAAAGAUCACCAGAAGAGUGGAAGUUGGGGUAAUGAGCCCUUAAAGUCCCGAUAUUAUGGACGUCAGUCGGAUGUAGGUUUGAAGAAAUCUACGUCUGCACGAUUACAGCAAAUCUUCGAACGCAAGGCAAACAAAAUGCUUAUGAAAGCUUCACAGACGCUUGGACAAUCCGCUGGACUGGCAAUGCGUAAAAACUCCUCCUUCGGAGAUAUUCUCGCUGCGGAAGAGUACGGAAACGACAACGAUCAGGAAUUGGAAAAGUAUUUAGUUCUGCUACUCGGGCUGCAAAAAUUGUUGGUCUGGGAACGACAUCUGCUGAAUGAUAUCAUUCCUAGUACCCGACACAACGAGGUAUUCUCACGGCUGUCGCAACCAUCGAUCGAAAUGGUUGUAAAGGAUGCCGAAGCGAUUACCGGGCGAGUUCUGCGAAGUAUCAGCCGCAGAGAAUGGUCUGCUGCGUUAGGCAUUUUUUCUGCACUGAAACAUGUUCAAAUUCUUCAACCGGACAUUGAUAAAAUUUGUGACAUUGCCCAGCGACAACAGCUGAGUGGAGUUCUAAGCAAACUGCAGCAGACCGGCUCCAAAGCCCUGGAACAGUUUAUAGAUGCGGUGAAGAAUGAUUCUGGAAGCGGUGGAAUGGUCAGCAUGAGUUCGAGUACAAUCAGCUACGGUGGAAAUUCAAAUGUACCGAAGGAUGCCACCGUUCACGAGUUAACUUCAAACACGAUUUGGUUCCUAGAGCAACUGCAAGAACACUGUGACACCAUUGGCAGCAUUUUGCAAAUGGAUUCGAUCUACUCAAGUGAUCUCGAUAGAAUUGCUUCACACAAAACUGUUUCGGUUGAGCAAAAAAAUAAGGCUCUCCUGGGUAUUUACGUGCGGAAGGUGCUUGGAGAGUUAAACUACACUAUUGCCACCAAAUCCGAACAGUACGGAGAUUUAGCCACAAAACAGUUGUUCAAACUGAACAACACUCACUACAUUUUGAAAUCGCUUCAGCGUUCCAAUUUGAUCGACAUUGUUGCCUUGACGGAGCACGACUGCGAGAAGCGUUAUCAAAAAAUGAUUCAAGAUCUGAAGAAAGCCUACCUCGGUUCAUGGUCAAAAAUGUUAGCAAAUAUAGCUCCCCUGGAGGACAUUCCACGGCCGAUCGGAGGACGUAUCAAAGAUAAGGAACGAGCCAUAAUCAAGGAACGGUUCUCUUCCUUCAACAAGGAGCUGGACGAUGCUAUGCGAACUCAGCGGGCCGUGUCCGUCCCGGAUGUCCUACUGCGAGAGGGUAUUAAGCGAGACAAUACUGAGCACAUAGUGCCGCAGUACAAUGCAUUUUUUGAAAUCUAUUCUGAAGUACAGUUCAGUAAAAAUCCGGAAAAGUACGUCAAAUAUCGACCGACCGAUGUCACUGCGAUGUUGAACAGCUUUUUUGAUGAUACAAUUUAGAAUAAUUUAGAAUUAACUUAGAUUUUAGCAAUCAUAAAUACUCGAAACAACAAUAA